CCCAAGAUCUUCCCCAUCUCCACUCCACAUCACAUACAUCAACAAUGGCCUCCAAAAACGCUACCCGUGCGCUGCGCGCCUCAUUGAGACAGCUCAAGGCACCUCAGGUGCAGCAGCGCUCGUUCGUUGCCGCCGUCAACGCCAGCAGACCCAGCCUCGUGCCCGCUCAAAAGGCCGUCACCUCUGCCUUUGUGCAGCAGGUCCGCGGCGCGAAGACCGUCGACUUCGCCGGCGACAAGGAGAAGGUCUUCGAGCGUGAUGACUGGCCACGUGAGAAGCUCCUUGAGUACUUCAAGAACGACACCCUCGCCCUGAUCGGAUACGGCUCGCAAGGUCACGGCCAAGGCCUUAACCUCCGUGACAACGGUCUCAAUGUCAUCGUCGGUGUGCGGAAGGGCGGCGCCAGCUGGAAAGAGGCGGAGGGUGAUGGCUGGGUCGAGGGCAAGAACCUCUUCGAUAUCGACACCGCUAUCGGCAAGGGCACAAUCAUCAUGAACCUCCUCAGUGAUGCCGCACAGAGCGAGACAUGGCCACACAUCAAGCCAAUGCUCACCAAGGGCAAGACUCUCUACUUCUCCCACGGUUUCUCCCCAGUCUUCAAGGACCAGACCAAGGUUGAGGUCCCAACCGACAUCGAUGUCAUCCUCGUCGCACCCAAGGGUUCCGGCCGCACCGUGCGCACUCUUUUCAAGGAGGGCCGUGGUAUCAACAGCUCUAUCGCCAUCUUCCAGGACGUGACUGGCAAGGCUGAGGAGAAGGCUAUCGCCCUCGGCGUGGCCGUUGGCUCCGGAUACAUGUACAAGACCACCUUCGAGAAGGAGGUGUACAGCGAUCUUUACGGCGAGCGCGGCUGCUUGAUGGGCGGCAUCCACGGCAUGUUUCUCGCCCAGUACGAGGUUCUCCGUGAGCGUGGUCACUCUCCCUCGGAGGCCUUCAACGAGACCGUUGAGGAGGCCACCCAGUCGCUGUACCCUCUGAUCGGCAAGAACGGCAUGGACUACAUGUACGAGGCCUGCUCGACCACCGCCCGCCGCGGCGCCAUUGACUGGAGCAAGCGCUUCAAGGAGACCCUCAAGCCCGUGUUCGAGGAACUCUACGACUCCGUCAAGACCGGCAAGGAGACCCAGCGCACCAUGGAGUACGCCGGUCGCAAGGACUACCGCGAGGCGUUCGAGAAGGAGAUGGAGGAGAUUCGCAACUUGGAGAUCUGGAGGGCUGGCAAGGCCGUCCGCAGCCUCCGUCCCGAGAACUUGUAAGGGAAAGCAUGGUUUGCUGCUUCUACUUUACACGUCAAAGCACGAUCAGCGGUCGACCGCAAGACUUGCCCUGAUCGAAGGACAAAUACAAGUCACGCGAAUGCAUUUCAUGAGGGACUUUGCAAAAUUGUACAGGCUGGGAGUUGGCGUGGAAUCUUGGUCUGUAGUGGAGUGCUGCUAGAUACGCUAUGUACUCUUACAUUGAGAACAAUAUGCCUUAA